GCACGAGUUGAUACCUCGGACUCGAGCCACGAGUGAUAUCUUCCUCCGUCCGAUGAUCACUUGUCUUUGCUCUGGGUAGCGUCCGUCCUUGCACUCACCACGAAGCCGGACUUUGCAGAAGACGAGGCAACGCGCACGCACACAGGAUCGCGCAUAUUCUCGCACACACACACACACACACACGCACAGCAUGGGCGACAGCAGCAGCAGCAGCAGCAGCAUCGAGGCCGCCUUCGGGGCCGCCAUCGACGCGGGCACGAUCCACGGCGCCGUCAUCUGCGCCGCCGACGCGACGGGCCGCUUCGUCUACGACAGGGCGCUCGGCCAGCGCACGCUGCUGUCCGGGGAGAAGCGCGCGCAGCAGCUCGACGACGUGCUGUACCUGGCGUCGGCCACCAAGCUCAUCACCGCCGUCGCCGCGCUGCAGUGCGUCGAGGACGGGCUCCUCACGCUGCGGGGCGACGUGGCGGCGCUCGCGCCCGAGCUCGCGGCCAAGCAGGUCCUCACGGGCUUUUCCUCCUCGUCGGGCGGCGGCGGCGGCGAGGGGGACGGGGACGCGGAGGAGGAUGAGGGGGAUAAGGAGGCGCCGGUGCUCGAGCCCGCGGCGCGGCCCAUCACGCUCGAGAUGCUGCUCACGCACAGCUCCGGCGCGAGCUACGACUUCCUGAGCCCGACCGUCGGCAAGUGGCGCGAGCGCUUCGCCCCGUACCCGCCCGAGGGCGUGCGCCGCCCCGUCGAGGAGGCCUUUGGCUACCCGCUCGGCUUCCAGCCCGGCGCCGGGUGGAUGUACGGGCCCGGGCUGGACUGGGCCGGCCGGCUGGUCGAGCGGGCGACGGGCCGCACGCUCGGGGAGCGCAUGCAGGAGCGCAUCUUCACGCCCCUAGGCAUCAACUCGGCCCAGUUCUAUCCCGUCACGCGCGAGGACCUGCGCGCCCGCCUCGUCGACCUGAACCCGAUGGACCCCGAGGCCCUGGGGCGGGCGCCGCUCGGCGGGGGCGGCGACAUGAACAAGCGCAGCGAGGGCGACUUUGGCGGCCACGGGCUCUUCAUGUCGGGCGGCGACUUCGCAAAGGUGCUGCGCUCCCUGCUCGCCAACGACGGCAAGCUGCUCCGGCCCGACACCGUCGACGACAUGUUCGAGCACCACCUGAGCCCCGAGGCCACCGCCGGCCACGCCGCCGCCCUGGCCAGCCCGGCCGGCGUCUUCUUCCGCGUCGGCGUCGACCCGGCAACCAAGAUGGGCUACGGACUGGGCGGUCUUCUGACCCUCGAGGGCAUCGACGGCUGGUACGGCGAGCGCACCCUGACCUGGGGCGGCGGCAUGACGCUCGCCUGGUUCAUCGACCGCUCCAACGGGCUGUGUGGUGUGGGCGCCGUCCAGGCCGCCCUGCCCCUGGAUGCGGCCGUUGUUGGCGACUUGAAGCAGACCUUCCGACGUGAUGUGUAUCGCAAGUACGCUGCCUGGAAAGAACAACAGCGGUAGCCAACGAAUAGACAAUCAUGUCCUAGGGAUGCCCCUGUAUGCGAGACGGGCGAGCUCCCUGCCACGCCCGAGUCUUGUUGUCUGUGUACGCCUCCAGCCGUGCCAGGUAGGUUGAUACGAUGCCGCCACCUCACUUGAGGUAUCUUUGCUUGACAACGCUUGCCUGGUAAACACGAGCGAUGAGACCCUUUGAAUCGGAGAGCGACAUGCAGUCGGCCAUUGACAACUCCAGCGUGACUGUGGAUCCCACCAUGCCCAUGGUCCAUCCCCUUGACAUGAUGCCACGUCGUGCUGACCCCCGCGCAAGGAGAGGGAGGGAGUGAGGGAGGGAGAGAGAGCCACCGGCGGCAACGCAAUCAGAAUCAGCAUGCAUUUCACCGAGCGCGGCUCUGCGCCCGCGGCCCAAGCGAAAAGCUAGAGUCUGCGAUGCUCACUCACAUCUUCUUGGCCCACGGAGCCCGGAAGAAGCGGCUAGUAACUACAUGAACUCUGCUAGCGUCUUUCGAAACGACGAAAGCUGCCGACGACGUGGAGCGCCACGGGCAAAGCGAUCGAGGGCCGGGUUUCGCAACCUCAUUCGCCGGCGGCCGCGGACGGCUCUGUCCAACCACAAAGCUGGAGCCGUCUUCUGGAUGCCGGCAGGCCAGGUUCCAGACUGCGACGAAGUACAUACAUAGUGUAGUGGUGUGGUGUGGUGCGGUGCGCAUGCCACGUCGCCCGCUGCCGGUUUCAUCGUCUCCGCCAUGGCAGCCUCGCCGCAAGGCUGUGAGGGUCCCGUUCGUGACGGGACGAGGAGAGGAGGCGCUGCUCCCGUUGCCAAAGCCCUGGUUUGAUAGACGUGAUUCGAGGUCGGCAUCUCCGCGGGUGGUUACAUCGGCGGUGUCAGCAACGAACCGAGUAUGGAUGGUACAGCUUGGACGUGUCCAAUACGUAUCGCGGCUGCCCCCUAUCCCGUGUCAGCCUCUGCGGCCUUGUAAAACUUGUUUGGGUACGGUGGCAGCACCCGGCCAGCAUCCGAGCCGAUCACACGGGUCGGUCUAUCUGCGCUUGGUGACAAGGGCUUCAGGGUCUGUCGGCGCGCCAAUGGCUCGGGCGCUCAUCAACGGGCAGCAUUCGGGACCAUCGACGAACCCCGAUGAGCCUGUCGGUCGGCCUGGCGCGCAAGGGUUCGCGUGCAUCCGGCAAUCAGUAAGCAGCAUGAAUGAUGCCCACGUGUCCAUUCGUCUCGCACAUGUGGUGUACAAGUGG